AUGCCUGGCCGAGUCGCCGCCCGUUCGACAUCAUCAGCGACCCGUCGGUCUUCCGCGCAACCAUCGACCGGCCGUGCAGGCUCAGUGACGCCCGCAUUCACGAUCCCCGAAGAGCCCGCUCUCCCCUCCUCAUCAGCCAAUCUUCGCAGGGACUUAUGUGCAAUCUUUGCAGAUGCCCAGCGAUCAACAACCGGGCACCGUAAGCUAGUGGUGCGCAUACGCAAGCUGCAGGAGAUAUGCUGUGGUAUCUAUCAGAAAAAGAAGGACACGGACCAGGAGGCAGUCGAUAUCGUCCUUCCUGAGGAGGCGACUGUCGCUGAAAAGGAAUUCAACGUCGAAGUCGGUCGCUGCGUGCUGCGGAUACUUCCAAUCAAGAAGUCCGAGCCUGUCGGUGAUCGUGUGCUUCGCUUCCUCGACACAUUUUUGGCUCACGCCUGCGAGAAAGAUAAUGAACUCUUCGCAUCAAAAGAUGCGGAUGACGACGAUGGAAUGCAGUCUGCAAUUGAGACCCCGACUUCCCGUCUCACCUCCUAUCUCGUGGAUCUGAUGAUCCCAAUCCUCGCAUCCAAGGAUAAGGUCGUCCGAUUUCGCGCGACGCAAAUAAUCGCUCACAUCGUCAAUACGCUUGACUCAAUCGAUGACGAAUUGUACCAUACUAUUAGACAGGGUCUGCUGAAGCGGAUUCGCGACAAGGAGUCGUCGGUACGGGUUCAAGCCGUGAUUGGCUUGGCACGUCUCACUGGCAAUGACGACGAGGAGGACGGGCCGGACGACAACUCCACGGCGCUGCUCGAGAAGUUGAUUGAAAUCAUGCAAAAUGAUACAAGUGCAGACGUCCGCAAGAGUCUUUUAUCAAACUUGCCACUUUCGCAAGUGACUCUGCCUUACCUCCUGGAGCGAGCUCGUGAUCUUGACGCGGCGACGAGGCGAACACUGUAUGCACGCCUGUUGCCCACCCUCGGCGAUUUCCGCCAUCUUUCCCUUGGAAUGAGGGAGAAGUUGCUCCGAUGGGGUUUGCGUGACCGUGAUGAGAGUGUGCGCAGAGCAACAGGCAAGUUGUUCUUCGAUCGAUGGAUUGAGGACUGUGCGGGCACCAACCAAGGCGAGAAUGCCGGCCAACGAUCACCACCCAACCAGAGUGCUCUUCUUGAACUGCUGGAAAGAAUCGAUGUUGUGAGUUCCGGUGUCGAAAGCGGCAUUGCUCAUGAAGCGAUGCGCAGUUUCUGGGAAGGACGUCCCGACUACCGGGAUGCGGUGGUCUUCGAUGAGCCCUUCUGGGAGUCCCUGACGGGAGAAUCGGCUUUCAUGCUUCGCACAUUUAACGAGUUUUGCCGUGUGGCGAACGAUGGGAAAUUUGACGACCUCGCAGAUGAGAAAAUGCCUACCGUGACCGCGUUGGCAUACUAUCUCUCUAAAUAUAUGACGAGUCUGCUGGAACGCAAGAAGCUUGGCAAGGGUACCGGAGACGCUAAUGACGAAGACGCCACCGAGAACGAGUUCAUUGUCGAGCAAUUGUUAUACAUCGCCAUUACUCUAGAUUACAGUGACGAAGUGGGUCGGCGAAAGAUGUUCUCCCUUUUGAGAGAAUCGCUGGCUGUCCCUGAACUCCCCGAAGAAUGCACCAAGCUCGCGAUUGAGGCUCUUCGAUGUGUCUGCGGUCCAGAUGUUGCUGGCGAAAGCGAGUUUUGCAGUGUUGUUCUGGAAGCUAUCGCUGAAGUCCACGACACCAUCGCCACCGAGGAUAGCUUUGUUUCUGCAAAGUCUGAGAUCAGUGACGAUGCCAGCAGCCGUGCUCGCUCAGAGACCCCCGCCACCGAGGAUGAGAGACCAUUCAACAAGGAGGAGGCGAAAGCAAAGAUUCUUCGGGAAAUUGUUGUGAAUAUGAAGUGUUUGCACAUUGCCCAGUGCAUGCUGCAGAACGUGGAGGGCAAUCUGCAACAAAACAUGAACCUGCGGACUAUGCUGAACAGCCUCGUGGUCCCCGCCGUGCGCAGCCACGAAGCUCCUAUCCGUGAGCGAGGCCUUUUGUGCUUGGGUCUCUGCUGUCUCCUUGACAAGAAUGUCGCCGAGGACAACAUGACACUGUUCAUUCACUGCUACAGCAAGGGACAUGAAGGUCUUCAAGUGACGGCAAUUCAGACGAUCUGUGACAUGAUCACGACGCAUCCCUCGCUUUUGGCUCCAAUCACCGACUCUGACGGAGAAACGGUCACAACGCCCCCGAUUCAAAAACCCAUCCUCAAGGUCUUUUCACGUGCACUCAAAGCAAACUCGCCCGCGGGAGUUCAGUCUGCCGCGGCAACUGCUCUUUCAAAGUUGUUGUUGACCAACACCUUUACCCCGUCGGGUCCCAACGUGCCUCCUGCGAUCCAAGACUUCAAUCAGAAUGCGGUUGAGACUCUCUUACAGAGCCUCGUGGUUGCCUUCUUCCAUCCUCGUACCCGUGACAACCCCGCCCUCCGUCAGUCAUUGGCGUAUUUCUUCCCAGUGUAUUGUCAUUCGCGACUGGAGAACACUCAGCAUAUGCGACGGGUCGCAGUGCCGGUGGUCCGAGCGGUGCUGAACGCUGCCGAAGAGUACUACUCGCUCGAAGCCGAAGAAGAUAGUGACGGAGAGAUUGAUGAGAGCGUUGGUGAACGUGAAGUGAAGGCUCUGAUGGCUGGCGUCGUUGGUAUGCUUGCGGAGUGGACCGAUGAACGCCGCGUUGUCGGCUUGGGAGGCGAGCGGGUUCUGGCAGGAGGCGCCGCUAGUUCCAGCGCCUGUGGAUGGGUUCAUCUUGCGCUGGUCCGGGAUAUCAUGGACCGUGUCUUGGGCCUUACUCCUGGGCCGAAUCGCUGUUCACGGGAAGAGCGUAAGCUUCUCUUCUCCCUGCUCAGCAAGCUCUAUGUUUCCGCCCCGACCUUACCAGGGCGGGCGAGUUCUCGUGCCCCCGAGGGUGAGGAUCCGUUCCGCGCCAGCGUCCGCAGUGCCACCAGCCUCGAGAUUGCCCCGGACAAUGUCCAACUCGCUCAAGAGGUCAAGGAACUCCUGGAUCAAGUCAUUGACGAGGGACUGGCUGGCGAAGCAUCGAGUCGUAACGCCUUGGUGAAGACCAAGAAUUCCACUCUCAAGAUCUUGGCCGUCGCCCAAGAUUCCCGCGCGGCCAGUGUUCGUCCCCGAGCCGGCACGGAAGAUUUGGAAAGUGAUGCAGGGAGCGUUCGUUCCUACAGUGUACGGCGCUCCGUAGAGCCUAGCAGCCGUCGUCAUUUCUCUGUCGAGCCCAGUAUCAUGGAGGAAGAUGAGGGUGAUAGCGGUCUCUUGUCCGGCCGUGUGCGACCGUCUGUUGAGGGCGGUUUCCCUAGCCGUCACCUCGUCUCCAUUGAGCCCAGCAUCAUGGAGGAGGAUGAGCCCGAUGAUAAUGACACCAGCCGAAACACCAUCAUUAAGGAGGAAGCUACCGAUGAUUGA